AUGACAUCGAUUUUCGCUCUUAUCGUGAUAUCUUACCUUGUGUACAAUAUCCUUGCCGUGCUGUGGAACGUCUACCUGCAUCCUCUUCACCGUAUUCCUGGGCCUAAGCUAUGGGUAGCCUUUCCCCUCCUGCGUUACAUCUCCAAUGCCCGUGGCAGACUGGACAUAGACAUCCGAGCGUUCCACAACAAAUAUGGCGAGGCCGUUCGUUUUGGCCCUGAUGAGGUCUCCUUCAUCACUGCCCAAGCAUGGAAGGAUAUCUACGGGCAUGGUCAUCGACAAAUGCCAAAGGUCAGAGGCUCAGCCAGCAACCCAAAGGAUAUCAUCAGCGCCAACGAUGUCGACCACACACGAUACCGCAAGGCCAUGUCCCAUGCCUUCUCUGCCAAAGGUCUCCAAGCCCAGGAGCCGUUCCUCCUCGGGUAUGUCGACAAGCUCAUCAAGAGGUUGCACGAUAUAGCCGAGUCAGAACUGUCUGUCAAUAUGGUGAAGUGGUACAAUCUCACCACGUUCGAUCUCAUAGGCGACCUUGCAUUUGGAGAGUCGUUCGGUGGCCUAGAUUCAUCCGAGUACCAUCACUGGGUGACAACAAUCUUCGAGUUUAUUCGAGCUUUAGCCUUCAUCAAACUCAAGGAUUACUACCCGCUGGUCUUUCGUAUCGUUGCGCCCUUUAUCCCAAAGCACUUGAAAGAGGCGAGACGGAGGCAGCAGAAUCAUAGCCGGAUCACUGUGCAAAAACGGCUGCACGGUCAAAGAGACCGUGGACAAGCUGACUUUAUGGAGUCGAUGCUGCGACACCGAGGCGAAAAGGACGGGUUGACUGAUGAAGAGCUGGAGGCUAAUGCGAGCAUCAUUAUUAUUGCCGGGAGCGAAACCACAGCCACUCUCCUCUCUGGAUUGACAUAUUUCUUGUGCCGAAAUCCCGAGGCACUGAAAAAGGUUACCAGGGAGGUGCGGUCGGUCAUGCAGACCGAGGCAGACAUCACCGUCAACAAUGCCACGGCUAAUCUUCCGUACAUGCUGGCAUGCAUUGACGAGGCUUUCCGCAUGUACCCUCCUAUUCCUAGUGGAUUGCAGCGGGUCACACCGAUAACGCCUAUGGACAUAUCCGGCUAUCAGGUUUCUCCGAAUACGAAGGUCGCUGUGCACCAAUCGGCAGCCUACCUAUCCAGACUCAAUUUCUAUGAGCCCGACAAAUUUAUACCCGAACGUUGGUUGCCAGAAUCCAAGAACGAUCCUUCGUCGUCGUUUUACCAUGACAACCGGGACGUUGUGCAGCCGUUCUCGGUCGGCCCACGGAACUGCAUUGGUAGGAAUCUGGCGUACGCAGAGAUGCGUGUCAUUCUUGCCCGAGUGUUAUGGAACUUUGACAUCGAGCUGUGUGAGGAGAGUCUGGAUUGGUACAACCAGAAAUCAUAUUCAUUGUGGGAGAAGCCGCCUCUGAUGUGCAGGCUCAAGGCUCGGGUCCAUUGA